GCUGCUGAUACGAGUAAAAAGAUGAGAAUCAGUAAAAAGGCUGCAACCACCAUAAAUACUCAUUCCACAUCACGUUUACGUAAGUGAUGAAAACGAUAUCGACAGUGACCUCUUCGGACCAGACCAACAACACUUUGAAUCGCGUGCCCUCUGCUGCGCCAUAAUCUGGAAUGCCUCUCGUCAUUUCUCUGCCACUGCCACCAACUUUGCACUCACCAAAUGCAGCCCGACACGUGUAAAACCAUGGCGGCCACAAUUUCAGGACGCCUGAACUCUUAUAUGGUCUAGAGGUCACCUUUCACUUGCCUCCUUGUCUCUGAAACUAGUACUGCUACAUAAUCUCUACCCAAAUUAAGAAGUCGAAUAUGGAAACAUCGUUCCGUAGUACCCACGUGCGUGUCUUGGGCGGUUCCAUCGUUUCCCACCAGAAAAGCGAUGUCCAUGCUCGAAAUCUGGCUGUUCCAUCAUCUGGGUCAUUCUUGAAGCACAAUAAGAAGCGAUGGGAUGGGGUGGAUCUCGGGCUAGCGGCCCGAUGUGCGAGUUUGUCUCCUGGUCCUGGUUCCGUGGCGGAGCUGAUGGAAGAAACGGAAUGGGACGAGAUGAGGAAUUGGUCGGAGAAAUGCAGAGUGCAAGGAGUGGUGGCGCUGUUGGAGUGUCUGGAGAGAGAGGCAAUCCUGGGAGAGGACGAAGGGAAAGAGCCGACGGAUUACAGCAGGAGGGCUCGCAUCUUUGACAAGAGCUCCGAGGCUUUUCAGGCUCUCAAGGAACGCGAGGCAGAGACAGCUUCUCACUAACUUUGGACAGGUGGUUAGAUGAUGAUGACAGUUUUUGUUGAUUGUAAUUCUGUUCCUUUCCCUUUAAAUAAUUUUGAAAGGUUGGGUAAGAAACGACAUUUUUGCCUCCAGAGAGAAAACCAAUGAGGCUGUUCAAAACUGUGUUUCUUUUUCAGACAGUGAACAAAGUUUUUGUCAACAUUUCGAUGCU